GUGCCAGCGUCGAAGAGGCGCAAGAAGCGCCCUGCUGACAUCCUGGAGGAGCGCGAUGGCUGGGAGCUCGGCUACGAGCCCACUAUGCAGGCAGCGCUAGACGAGCCAAAGAAAGCCGACUCCGACGACAGCAAGGAGUACAUCAUCGCCAGGAAGGUCGACGGCAAGCAGAGACUGGUCGCGACGUGGGCCGACGACUACGAGUGGGAGGUCGUUGGGACGCACGCCGACCAGCUGAGCGACAAGAAGUCGACUGGCCAAUUCCGAUUGUUCAAGGGCCAGCUCGACGGCGCCUCCGUCAUCACCUGCAUCGUGAACCACAAGACCCGAGGGCAAUGGCUGCAAAUACAGCACGGGAGUGGUCAGCUCCUCCAGCUGCGCGGGUACAAGCCUGAAUACUUCGAGGAUGCCAAGAAGUGGGCCGCGCAGGCGGCGCUGGACUUCACCAUGGGGCGCAAGGACAAAGCCAAGCUCGAGGUCGAGAAAGCGGAGUGGCUGGAGUCGCACGGCAUCGAGACA